UGUUUUCGCGCAAAGUUAUUGAAACAUUUUAAAAGUUGGAAAUACACCAAAAUUAACCUGAACUGAUGUGUGAAGAUGAUAUAAAAUGCUUCAGGUUGCACAACGAUUCUUAACUUGAUAAACAUUGAAGUGACCCAAGAUGUUGACUAACAAAGUACUAAUAGUACUAGCAGUGACUGCUCAAAUCUUGAUAUUUUCAACAGAUACAGAUGCUGCCUGUGAGGUACCACCAGAGCUUCAGGACAAAGAUUGGGAAUACAAAUACACAGAUGUGUCGACCGGAGAAUCCAUGACAAAAACCUUAAGUUUUGGCUCUACAACCAUAGAACAAGGCAUCUCUUUACAUGUUGAGGGAUCAGAACUAAACUCGUGGACAUGCCUAUCUGAUUUAACUAUCUCUGAUACUGAAUCAAUUGCUGUAUUCAAAAGUAACACUUUCGAUAUGUUCCCGGAUUUUGGCAGACGGUUAUAUCUUUGUAUGAGAUUCACAAAAGUUACAGAUAAUCUAUUUUAUUUUCAUCUGAUGUCGGACAAAAAUAGCUUAGUAACACCAAAGGAAAGGGUAUUCAGUCCUCCCUUACCAGAACCGGAUGCAAAUGCUGAUGUAUGUAGUACGUUCUGUUCUUACGGAGAUCCAAAGCCAAUGAUUCGAACUCUUCGCAAACUAGACACCGCUGAUACGUUACCAGUUGAUGCAGAUCUGUGUGAAAAUUGUGGCGAUUCCUGUAUUGCCUCGGAUAAGCUGCCAUCAAUCCAGUCAUCGAUAACGCUAGUUGAUUGUAUAAUUACGGGGAACGAAGUGCCGUUUGCAAAAGUGCCUGCCAUCAGAAGCUACGGGUACAUGGAGUCAAUUACCUACGAUUGUAUAACUGGUUAUGAAAUUCAAUCUGGCAACGUUGUACGUUUUUGUGAUGCUGACGGAACAUGGAGUGGAGAAACACCGGUUUGUGAAAAUGUAAAAAUAAUCGUCAAUGAGACAAAUAACAGAACGAACAUGGAUGCAUGA